AUGGACGAGUAUGUGGGGCUUCCCCGCGAUCACCCAGAAAGCUACCACAGCUUCAUGUACAAACACCUCUUCUCGCAUGUCGAUAUACCCCCAAAAAACAUAAAUAUCCUAAACGGCAACGCUCCAGACCCGAUCAAAGAAUGUGCCGACUACGAGGCCAAAAUCCUGCAAGUGGGUGGCAUAGAUCUAUUCCUCGGCGGCGUCGGCGCAGACGGGCACAUCGCUUUCAACGAGCCAGGUAGCAGCCUCCGCUCGCGCACGCGUGUCAAGACACUCGCCUAUGACACCCUCUUAGCCAACUCGCGCUUUUUCAAUAAUGACAUCUCGCAAGUACCCCGCCAGGCGAUGACGGUGGGGAUCCAGACGAUCUUGGACUCACGCGAGGUGGUGAUUGUCGUGACGGGUGCGCAUAAGGCUACAGCGCUGCAGAAGGGUAUAGAGAGCGGCGUCAAUCACAUGUGGACGCUUUCAGCGCUCCAACUACAUCCCCAUCCGCUGAUUGUUGUGGAUGAGGACGCGACGUUGGAGUUGAAGGUGAAGACUGUCAAGUACUUCGUCAGCAUUGAGCAAGCCGGCACCGAUGCGCGGACCCAGGGACCGCCCUUGGUCCAUCGCACAAAGCAAUAUAGACCUCCAGUUAUGACUCCACCUCACUCCCCGGGCGCGAACGAUGCCUCAACCCCGGUCAAGGAUAGCAAGCUUACGAUUGACACAUCCGGCUUCCACCCACGAACUGCAAAUGGUGGCGGGGAAGAAGAGCUGGACGAGUUGACCCCAGAUAGCAUGUCAUCACGCCUUAAAGAUUCUUCAAUUGCGGGGCUAGAUGCGACGAUCGCGGGCGAUUUGGUUUUUGAUAGAAUGGGGUCAAGGAUUGAUGAAGUAUGA